AUGAAGCUCGCAGCCGGCAGGACUAUUGUUCUGACUGGGGCUUCCCGAGGUAAUGCGUACCCCCUGAAGAUGAUCAAUACAAAAGCCAACGGUACAACUAUAGGAAUUGGAUUGGAAAUAGCUCAUUGUCUGCUGAGCCCUCCGUUGCGUAGCAACGUUCUUGUCAUCGCUCGUUCUGAGGAACCUCUUCUCAAGCUCAAGGAGCAGUACGGGCGGCAAGUCGAGGUUCUCUGUGGCGAUGCGACUGACACCGAAUUGCCCGACAAGGCUGUCAGAGCGGCCCUAACUGCCUUUGGUAGAAUCGAUGGCCUCAUUGUCAACCAUGGAAUUUUGGGUCCAGUAGCCAGGAUUGUUUUAUCCGAUGUCGAAGAGUGGAAAAAAGGCUUUGAGACCAACUUCUUCAGCGCGGUUGAAUUUGUCAAAGCAACGCUCCCUCACAUCCGUAUCUCUAGAGGAAAUAUAAUUUUCACUUCUUCUGGAGCUGCCGUGGCGCCGACUACCGGGUGGGGUUUCUAUGGAGCUAGCAAGGCUGCGAUGAACCAUCUCAACAUGACAUUGGCGAGAGAAGAACCUGAAAUAGUCUCCCUUGCAAUUCGCCCAGGCAUGGUGGACACUCAAAUGCAGGAAGAACUACGCUCUCAGCAUAUGGACGUUCUUGGACCAAAGGACGGCGAACGAUUCCUCACUGCGCAUAAGGAAGGAAAGCUACUGCCACCUGAAAAGCCUGCUCGGGUUAUUGCUAAGUUGGCUGCCACUGCUCCCCGUGAGCUGUCUGGGCAAUUCUUGAAUUGGAAUGCACAAGAGCUAAAAGCCUACCAGGAAUGA